AGCUUACAUCAGUCUUCUAUUGGCAUCUAAAUUUCUUAGAAGAUCUCAUCAACACCGAAAGAACGAUUUAUUUAAAAUGUGAACGAUCGUGGACGAUCGCGGUCCCUAAAGCCAUUACCUACGCAUUGUUUUGUUACGAAUACUCGACAAGCACGCGCUACGCUACUUCUAAUAAUAAUAUAGCGUAUCGAGAGUACUAAAGAGAGACGGCUCCCGCUACAACUUCCUGUAUUUCGGUGUCAGUUACGAACCGUAGGAAAUGCACGAUACCGUCAAACUCUCACGCGUCUAAGUAUCGUUAGUCUCGCAUAAGACACGUAAGUACAUACGUUCUUUCAAGCGAUUGACGAAAAUAGCUGGACUAAUAUACCACGAUGGAAGGAAAAUCGAAAAAUGCUGCGACUCCUACGUUAAAGUAUAGAGUUGCUUACUCAGAGAAGCUGGGCAGAUAUUUACAGGCGGCGAAGAAUUUAACAGCAGGAGAAGUGAUACUUCGUGAAGAACCGAUCGCUGUUGGACCUAUAACUUCCAGCAAAGAUCCGGCAUGCUUUGCGUGUUUGCGUUUGUUGCCAAAAAUCAAGAAAGAACUACAGUAUGUUUGCUCAAAAUGCAACAUUGCACCUCUGUGCAGUACUGUCUGCGAGGAACGAUCGAAACAUCAUACACCGGAUGAGUGCGAAAUUUUCAAACGCAAUAAAGAUUUAUUAAUAAACAAUACGGAAAAUAUCAUCGGUGUAUUAUUACCGUUAAGAUUAUGGCUCUUGAGACAAAGAGAUCCAGAAUUAUGGAAACAAGUCGAAUCUAUGGAGGCUCAUACAGAUAAGAGAAGAAACACGUCCGUCUGGAAAGAUAGAGAACUAAAUGUCGUAAAUGUGAUAAAAUCGCUUCAUUUAGUUCCUGAUGACGACCCAUCUGUCUCAGAGCUCCUCCAACUAUUGUGUGGAAUUUUAGACGUUAAUUGUUUCGAGCUCAGAUCUCCGGGAGGUCUGGAUGGACUUCUUUUACGAGGUUUAUAUGUGGAGGCCUCCCUGAUGGCUCACGACUGCAGGGGUAACACUCAUCUAACUGCUGAUGACAAUUUUCAGCUUACUGUAUACGCCAGUUUACCGAUCAAAGAAGGCGACGAAAUCUACUUCAAUUAUACCUCGUCGCUUUUGGGAACCUUAGGUAGAAGAGAACAUUUGCGAGGUGGGAAGUAUUUCGAAUGCGAGUGCCCAUUAUGCAGCGAUCCAUACGAAAUGGGAUCUUACAUGAGCAGUAUUCUGUGUCCACGAUGUAGAGAGGGUUACAUAGGAAUGCAAAACCCUCUGACAAAGUUUCCAUACGAAAAAGGAACGAGAUGGCAAUGCAACAAGUGCAAAAGCUCCAUCGGAGGUCGUCUUGUCAGAGCCACUUUAAAUAUAACCAGAACAUUGAUCGACGAUGUGGACGAUUACGAUAUUAAAGGAUUGGAAACUUUAAUGGCGAAAUUGUCGAAGUCUUUCCAUCGAAAUCAUUUUCUAAUGCUAUCAUUGAAACAAAAGUUACUAGCUGCCUAUAGAAAGGAAGUGGCGACGCCAAAUCCACAAAAAAAAAUUAUGCAGAAAAUGUCUGACGUAUGUAAGGAAAUGUACGAUAUGCUUGAAAUUAUCGAACCAGGAAUAUCUCGAUUGAAAGGAAUAAUGUUAUACGAAAUGCACUUACCACUAGUGUUGUUAGCAAAUCGUGCAUAUUCCGCACGGGAAAUUUCUUCAAACGAAUUAGCUUCGCGCCUUGAAGAGGCCGGGAGUCUCUUGAAGAAGUCCCUAACGAUGCUCCUUUUGGAACCAGUGGACACGCCAGAAGGGAAAUUGGCCAAACGAGCUUUGCAAGAAUUAAAGGCAUUAAAUCAGAAUAUAGCCGAUGUUAAAACUAUCAAUGAAGCUGAGGAAAGUGGCAAUCGUGACAGAAAAAAAUUACAGAAAAAUAAAUCUAAUAAAAACAAAUAGAGAAAUAAAAAUACUUAAAAUACCCGAGAGAAACAUGUCUUUUACGUUAAGAAUAAUGAAUGCUAUAUAAAUUAACUUUUAUCAUUCUUUUUAUAAAGAUGUACAUACAGGAAAUAAAGAUAUAUUGGUAAUUUAAGUAAACAAAA